AUGCAGCUUAAUAAGUCCGAAAACGAAGCCCAACCAUCAUCCUUCUUGAUCAAACAAACAAAAUUGGGAGAUGAAACCCUCGACCAAAUCAACGGCUUCUGGUUCCUCCCCGAACAUGUCUCCGGCGUUAAACGUGUCCUCAACGAGUUCGAACCUCGUCAAGACGAUGUAAUCUUAGCUUCUCUACCGAAAACCUGCACGACCUGGCUCAAAUCUCUGGUCUACUCCAUCGUCAACCGGUCAUCUCUUGGCUCCCUAGAACAUAGUCCCCACGACCUCGUUCCCUUCCUGGAACUUCAAGUGUACAAGGAAAAGGAAUCACCGAAAAGGUUAGAAAAUAAUAAUGCCCAGUUUGGUAAUGGUAGGAGGAUUUUCGGCACGCAUAUUCCCUAUCAAAUGUUAGGGACAACCCUAGAAACCUCGGAUUGUCGGGUGGUUUAUGUGACGAGGAAUCCGAAAGAUACCUUGAAUUGGAUGUGGCAUUUCGAGAAUGAGCAGAAGAAGGACGAGGAAGAGGCGUGGCCGUUGGAAGAGGCGGUCGGGAACUUCUGCAAGGGGAUUUUCCCUUUCGGGCCUUACUACGAGCAUGUGUUGGGGUACAAGAAUGCGAGUUUGAAAAACCGUGGGAAAGUUUUGUUUAUUACGUACGAGGAGCUCGCGAAGGACACGGAAACACAUGUCAAAAGAUUGGCUGAGUUUUUGGGGUGUGGAUUUGGAGGUGAAGAGAAUGAGAAGGUGGCGGAGAUCGUGAAAAGUUGCAGCUUUGAAGUUUUGAGCAAUCAUGUAAUGAAUAAAUCCGAGGAUCCUUGUUCGGAUUCUAGACAGGCCACAAGUGGUGACUACAAGAAUUACUUGAACCCUCAAGCCAUUGGGCGCGUUAAUUCUCUCACUAGGGAGAAAUUUCAUACCUAUGGGUUUAUGUAUGGUAUUUAG